AUGUGUUACUGUAUUAAAAGAUAUAUCUUUUUUUAUCUUUUAAUUUAUUACAUAAAUUUUGUAUUAAUUGUUAUUGCAAACAAAGAAUUGUUUGAAUUUUCUGAACCAUCAAAAUGUAAAAAUAAUGAACAUUUUGAUAUUGUGACACUUUCUUGCAUAGAAUGUGAUGUUAACAAAAACUUAAAGCCAUCUGACGAUCGAUUACGAUGUAUUUGUAAUAAAUUUAGUAAAAAAAUUGGUUUCAAAGACGGUUAUCCUAUAUGUAUAUCUUGUGGCAUUAAUGCUACAGUAACAUCAGACGGAAACGAUUGUAUAUCAUGUAACAAUGCAACAUGCAUAUGUUCUUCUAAUGAAAUACAAGUAGACAGAAAUUUAGAUGGAACAUUAUUAGAUACUAUGUAUUGUAUUUCAUGUGUAAAUAAUACUUAUCCAUUUUUGACUGGAUCUAAAUGUUUACCCUGCAAAAAUUUUGAAUAUAAUUAUUAUGAAAGUGAUACAUAUUUUACAAAGUAUUAUUAUACACUGAUACAGAAUUACUGUUUAUAUAAAAAUCCUUUUGAUAAAUUAGCAUGUGAAUAUUUAUCAAAUAUAUGUGUUUUAAGUCUUUAUAGUAAUGAUAUUGCAUGCAAAUUUUUUAUGAAGAAACAAAAAGCAUCUAUAUGGUUAUUUUAUAAUAAAAAUGAAACUACAACUAUAUUAAAUAGCAAACAAAUUACACAAAAUUACAGUUUUAUAAAAGAAAGCAAUGAUAAUAUAUUAAAUUUUACAAUUGUUACAUUUUCUUUACAUGGCAAUUUGAAAUUCAUUGGUAAACCUAAUAUUCCAUGCAAUUUGUUGGAACAUGUUAGAUUUGGUAUUGACUUUGAAAAAAAAUGUAAACUUUCAAUUAAAAAUUUAAUGCAAGAAAAAAUGGAAUUUAUGUAUCCAUAUUUAACAUUUACAAAAAAUAACAAUAAUUUAAUGUAUGCAUUACCUAUACUUAUUGAUUAUAAUAAAAUAUCAGAUUGGCAAUUAGUACGAAAAUUUUUCUUUAUUGACAACAUUAGUGGUUUUAAAAGAUUGUCAAAUUUCACAAUAAAUGAUAGUGAUGAAAAAGAAGAUAAAUUAUCUGUAUUACGUUAUAUGAAAUCAUUAAAUAUAAUUAUUGGAGUUUUGUUAGUAUUGGCUUUACCAUUAUCAGGAAUAAAAACAUUGAAUUAUAUUAAACAACACCAUACUUCUUCUAUUAAUAUAUUUGUAGUUAUUUGGUUUUUUAUUUAUACUAUGAGUACUAUAGGAAAUAUAAUUAUUUUAUGCUUAAUCAUUUUAUGUUUAUAUCUAUUUAUAUUUUAUAAAGGAAGUACAAUACCAUGUAUUUUUUUUCCUGAAGAUAUUAAUGAAAAAAUGAUAAAAACAUUUACAGUAAUAGCAUUUUUUUCUAAAUUUAUAGAAAUACUUGGAUUUAUUUGUCAGUAUUGGAAUAUUGAUAUAUUUUUUAUUGAUUGGGAACAGCCAAAGAUAAUAAAUAAUCAAUGUAAACAUGAUCUUCCAUAUUUAUCUAUAAAUGAGUUUUAUAUCAAUAAAUUUUCUAAAAAUAAACAUUUUCAAAUGACAUCAGAAAUAAUAACAGCCAAACGCAAAAAAAUAUUAUAUAAAUUAAAGAAAUAUGAAAAUUCUAAGAAUUUUAAUAAAUCUUUUUCAGUUGACAAACAAAAAACUGAAAAUUCAAUAUCAAAAAUUUCUACUCAAAUAAUAAAUAAAGAUAGCAAUUUUGAUAAUUUACCUAUUAGUAUUUGGAGAACAUAUUUCAUUGCAAAUAAAUGGUUAAAUCUUCAAACAAAAAGAAAAAUAAAUAUUAUGAUACAAUUACUUGCUGUUCUAUGUAUUUUUCAGAUAAUACAAUUGUGUCCAUGGAUUAUUGGAAUACCGGAAUUAACAUCUAUAUUUUCUGAAAACAAUUAUGAUUUUAUUUUGUAUUACACAAUAUGUACCUUAAUAUAUAUUUUAAUUUAUUGUAUUCACUGGUUGGUAUCUAUUGUAUUUUUUGAACAAUGUAUUACAAACAGAAUGCAAGAAUUUGUAAAUUUAUGUUCGGUUGCAAAUAUUAGUGUAUUUAUUUUACCAUUUAAUUAUUAUGGUUUCUAUAUUCAUGGAAGAUCAGUACAUGGAUUUGCAGAUACAGAUUUACCUACUUUAAUUAAUAAUUUGCAAAUGGAAAAAAAUAAUUUGUGUGCACACAGAGGUCUUGUUCCAGGCACAACUCAACAAACAUUUAUAUUAUACUUAACAAAAACUUUCAGGAUUACUUUCAACAAAAACUUGAAAUUAACAAACAUUAAACGACAUAAUUUUAUAAAUAAUUUCUAUUCUGCAACUACAAAUUGGGAAUAUAUAUUUAAUAAUCAAUUGAAAAUAAAACAGUUCUUAUGUAAAUUUGUAGAUCAUUGCAUAGAAAAUGAGGAUUAUAUUAUUAAAGAACAGCAUUUCUUAGAGAAAUUAUUCAAUAUAUUUUUUUACAAUGAAGAGAAAUCAAUUUUCUAUAUUGAUAACAAUUAUUCUUUUAAUCAAGUAUUAUUAUAUGGAAAUGAAUGGUUAUUUGCAACAUUUGAAAUUUCAAUAUUUAUUCUCAUCAUUGUGUUGUGUAAUAAUAGUACAUUAGCCAUUGUAGUAACAAUAUUAGUAUCAACAUUGUUAACUCUAAUAGUGAAACAAAGUGGUAAAAAAAAUAUAAGUAAUCACAUAUUAUUAAAUAGAAUAUUUUUUACGUAAAUAAUUAA